CCCGCUCAUGGGCUACUUCCGUGGAGUGUGGUCUGAUGGAGUCCGGACAGGGCUCGUUAGCAACGCAUUGAUGGCGAUGAAACCAUCAGUGCUCGUCUAUUCAUCACGUAUGGCAAACCCAAUACCCUCGGUUUUAACAAGCCUGUGCCUAGCCAAUGUAGAAGGAUGGAUAAUUGGCUUCGCAUUAACAUUUAUCCAAUAGUAAUGAAACAUAAAUGGUGCUGUGAUAUCGGAUUAAUGUUGCACUAUACGGCAUAAUUAACUAGAAGCGCUUAAUGAUUCAUGGGCUAAUUCUCUAACACCGCUUGAAACCACAUCUCAGGAGAUCCCACGGCCAAAUUUGCGAUUAAUGAUACGGUAUCCGUGAUCCGAGUGGCUGUCGAUGCUACUUUAGCAUUCAUCAAUAGUUUGGUGUG